UGACUCGGGCUGAGAGCUUCGUGCGGCGGUGCAAAACAGACUGGCGAUCUGAGGAGCGGGGAAUUGCAGUUUCUGGGUGGAAGAAGCAAACCCAGUGAUGGCCUCGGCUCCUAUAGCACCUUACAACUCCAGUCCUCUGGGGAACAGCUCCAGCCCAAACGCGUCCAGAGAGAGCCUGAAGAUGGAGCCGCUGGCAGAUGUUGCCAUGCUGCCGGGAGAAGAGAGAGUGAUCGAUAAAGACAUCAUCUACAUCUGCCCUUUUAAUGCUGCAGUCAAAGGAAAGGUGUUCAUCACCAACUACAGACUUUACUUCAAGAACACUGACUCAGAGACUCCAGUUACCCUGGACGUGCCAUUAGGCGUCAUAAGCCGUAUAGAGAAGAUGGGCGGAGCCUCCAGUCGAGGAGAGAACUCCUACGGGCUUGAAAUCACCUGCAAGGACAUGAGGAACCUGCGAUUUGCUCUGAAGCAAGAAGGCCACAGUCGAAGAGACAUCUUUGAGAUUCUUUUCAAAUAUGCUUUCCCACUGUCUCAUGGAAUGCAACUCUUUGCCUUUCUGAGUCAGGAGAAGUAUGAGGAGAAUGGCUGGAACGUUUAUGAGGCCAUGGAAGAGUACAGGAGGCAGGGUCUACCCAGUAGUGAGUGGAGGGUCACUUUCAUCAAUAAGAACUACGAGCUGUGUGACACCUAUCCCACAAUUCUUGUUGUUCCAUACAAGGCCACAGAGGAAGAUCUUAGAAGAGUUGCUACCUUCCGUUCCCGCUGCCGCAUCCCGGUGUUGUCGUGGUUCCAUAAAGAGAACCAUGCUGUGAUCAUGCGGUGUAGCCAGCCGUUGGUGGGAAUGAGCGGCAAGCGCAACAAAGAUGAUGAACGUUACUUGGACCUAAUCCGUGAGGCCAAUGGUACUACCAAACUCACCAUCUAUGAUGCCAGGCCUAAUGUCAAUGCUGUGGCAAACAAGGCCACAGGAGGGGGUUACGAGGGUGACGAUGCAUAUCAGAAUGCUGAGCUGGUCUUUCUGGACAUCCAUAAUAUCCAUGUCAUGAGGGAGUCACUGAAGAAGUUAAAGGACAUUGUCUACCCCAAUGUGGAGGAGUCUCAUUGGCUCUCCAGCCUGGAGUCCACCCACUGGCUAGAGCAUAUUAAGCUGGUGCUAUCAGGGGCCAUCCAGGUGGCUGAUAAGGUGUCUUCUGGGAGCUCUGUGGUGGUGCACUGCAGUGACGGCUGGGACCGCACAGCUCAGCUCACUUCUCUGGCCAUGCUGAUGCUGGAUUCAUUCUACAGGACUCUCAGGGGCUUCCAGGUGCUGCUGGAGAAGGAAUGGAUCAGCUUUGGACACAAGUUCGCCUCAAGAAUCGGCCAUGGAGACAAAAACCAUGCAGAUCAGGACAGGUCACCUAUCUUUUUGCAGUUUAUUGACUGCGUGUGGCAAAUGACUAAACAGAACGUUCGGGUGAAGACGGCGUCUCUGUGGUCUUUUGUCAACAGUGACACAUCCUUGUAUAUAAACCCCUUCUACACUUCAGAAUCCAGUCGUGUGCUUUACCCUGUUGCCAGCAUGCGCCACCUAGAGCUUUGGGUGACUUAUUACAUCCGGUGGAACCCUCGCAUACAACACCAGCAACAGAGUCCAGUGGAGCAGCGCUAUAAGGAGCUACUGGCGUUGAGGGAUCAGUACCUGAAGAAACUGGAGGAACUGCAGCUCUCAGACUCCACCCACUUGACAAACAGCUCCACCCCCAACGCUGCCACGCCCAAUCAGCACAUCACACACUUACAGACACCUUUUUGAUCCCACUCGCAAGCUGUUACAGACAUUGGACAUUUGUACAUAGCAAUAGUGAUAAUUAUGGUAACACAAUUAGUAGUCAUGUCUGCGAUAAUGAGUAACAAAACAAUUAUGCAAAAAACCACAGUACGGCCUUCAUCAAAAAAAAAAAAAGUUAAACGAAAAGAGAAGCCUUAAAGUGACAGUGCUGGGGUUUUUUUUUCAUGCCGCAUACCAUAGAAGAAAGUGAGUCAGAUUACGUGUGUGUAUCCCAGACGCCACUUGGAUACUGCUUGGGAUGGUCUUGUGACGAUUGAAAGCGAUCAAGUCGGACGGACGUAUGUGAUUUAAGUGUUAAGUUAUGUGUGUUGUUAGGGUUCUAAAGUGUAGAUCUGAGUGAAGAACAUUUUUGGAUGUUGAGCACUAGUAAGAUGGCAUGUAAAUGGUGUUUAGAGAGUGCUGGUCUUGUAAACUGUAAUCUGCAUGGUGUCCAGUUAAUCCAGUAUGAAGCAGGGUCCUCAACCUUUGGUAGAGAAAUCAUUUCAUUAGUAUACUUGGUUUAACUGCUUGGCAAACUCAAAUGGCUGACCUCAGAAGGUAAAGGAAGCAGAUAUGUUGUCCUCCGUAUGAUAUGGUAGGAAAAUGUUCUGAAGCAAUUAACAUUAGCUUGUUGAACAGAACCAGGGUUUUUUUUUUUUAAGCGAGUAACGCGGAUACCUUUUCGGUGCCUUGACUCAUAUCUGAUGUUUUCAGGUGUAUAUUUUUUAGAGAAACGUGUUUUUUCUUUAUGGCAGCAUCAGCAGUAGAAUAGAAUGAUUUCCAUUCACUGUGCGUUUGAGCAACAGGUCGUUUCUUCUCCUGCUGAGGUCUGGAGUUGAACAAAUUGAAGCCCUACAUGCUAGUGGCUUUUGGUUAUACCCUGUAAAACAAUGUGCAGGUGCCACGGAAAGCAAAUAUUUUGUUUCUGAUGGAGCUGACAGUAUUGCUCCCAACGAGACGUAGCAUGGUCUGCAAAGUCUUUUGGGUAGGAUGGAGUGGCUGGGAUAUGAAGCGGUGUGAUUGAGCUGUUCCAAAUUCAGCCUUUUCCUGAGGAAGAGAGCGGUGACUGACACGGGGUGAUAGAGGAGGGCUACGGUGAGCCAUUGCUCAUGCUGCCACGGAAAACUGAACUUCUAAAGACUUUGACCUCAAUGAGGAUAUGAAGUUUAAACCAUAGUGUGUGUGUGUGUGAAGAAGACAAACAAGUUCAAUAAACAAACAAACCAUUUGCGGUGGGAUGUUUUUAGGGGGGAAAAGACAGAAAUCUAUUUUUUAUUUUGUACAAGUACCAGAACGAUGUAAUUACCUCAAACAAAAACCUAUUUUACUGUUGAAAGCUCUAUUGUUGUAAAAUAUAAUUAUUUUAUUCAGUGUAAAAUUUGACCGUUUUAUAAAAAGGAAAGUGAUUAGAAAUUUUUUUGGGUUGGUUUUGGUAGUUGUAGGUAGUUUGUUGGACAUCCGCUUAUAAGUAUAAUUUCUUUUCUUUUUUUUUAAUGGGCAUUUAGGUUUUGCUUUGUAACAUUUUAAAGAUCUGAAAAUGAUCUGAUUCUGUAGGGAAUUCUUUUGUUCUCAAUCCCAUUGCAUGAGAUUGAGUGAAGGAAAGCUGCACUCUGAAUUUAUUUUUUUUCUGACAUUAUCUUAAGUUAGACAUAAUAGUUUAGAGGGAUCUAUUUUUGUUUUGUAUUCCCACAUGUAUCCUUUAUUUGUUGGCCAGCUAUUUUUCUGUACAUAAUGCUGAUUAAAUUAAUUUAAAGAGUUCACAAGGAAAAGACUGUAUGCUCAUUAUUGUACUUCUCAGACAUUCUGAUUGUAUGACAGCGGGCUAAUUAAAGGUUGCUUGCAUUACUAUUAUAUGCGGUACUACUUAUAGCAUAUAAACCACCCAAUGCAAUUUCCUUUUUGUCUAGAAUGACUGAUCACCUUUAAAAAGAUGUUAUUCAAGACCUGCAAGCAUGCAUUGGCUGCAAUGAAAAUGCAUACUCUAAUCACAAAAAUUGAUUUACUGUCACAGUGAUACGAAAACAGCAUAUAUAUAAAAUUA